UGCGCCCCGCUGCUGCUCCUGCUGCUGCUGCCGCCGCUGCUGCUCACGCCCCCCGCCGGGGACGCCGCAGUCAUCACCGGGGCCUGCGACAAGGACCCCCAAUGUGGAGGAGGCAUGUGCUGUGCUGUUAGUAUCUGGGUUAAGAGCAUAAGGAUUUGCACACCGAUGGGCAAAGUGGGAGACAGCUGCCACCCGCUGACUCGCAAAGUUCCAUUUUUUGGGCGGAGAAUGCAUCACACUUGUCCUUGUAUGCCCGGUUUAGCCUGUUUACGAACAUCAUUUAACCGGUUUAUUUGUUUAGCCCGAAAGUGAUCACUUUAGACCAGAAACUUUAAAUGUGAACAGCCACAUGAUGUAUGUAAAACAUAUUUACUUGUGAUUGUGCCAAACAAAUAAGAUGCCAGAAAAAAAAUGCUGUUGCUUCCUCAAAUUUCCAAGUAACAUCUUAUCUUUGCCUUUUAAGUGAUGAAUUUUUUUUAAUUGAAAGAAGAUUUUAAUUUUGGAUAGAAAUAUAACGUGCAAGUCAUUAUGGAAGCGGUCCUCAUUUCCCAGUUUGUGUUUUGGUUUGGUUUGGCUUUUUUUAUGCCAUUAACACCCAUUUUCACCAAAAUGAGGGGAAUAAGAAUUUGGCAUUUUGUGCAAGGUUUUCUUCCUUAAUUCCCUCUCCCCUCCCACUCUGGUCUCUUGUCUGUCACCCUUCAAUGAAUUUUCCGGCCCUCACUUUUUUCUCCCUUUUUUUCCUGGCUCCUCAAGCAUUUUAGAAGGGCUGGGGGUAGUUUGCCGGCAGAAUCGCUGAUGAGAAUCAAGCUUUUGCCUGAUACUUCAACAGUGAAAGGAGUGUGGUUGCACUGAACCCUCCACACUUCUCUUAUUGGAGUAGAAGAUGGGGCUGCUUCUAAAUUCUCCCUGAACCUGCCUGUGCACUUCAGGUCUGCUAUUUGACGGGUGCAAGGGCCAAAGGAAUGGAAAGUCAAAUUAAUUUAGUCCAGAUUUCUAGUUCUGUGCUUUUUAAAAAAGAUUUAGUUUCCAAUUGAAUAUUACAUUUCUUUCUUGCUUUUUUUAAGUUUAUUUUUAAAACAUCUCAGUUAGAAAUGUUCCAGAAAAAUGUCACUUGAAGAGGAGGUGUGACCAUUUUAAAAUCAACAUUAAGUUGUAAUUUAAACUUUAUUUGUAACCAAAAGUUCUUUUGUAAUGGGUUGCCUGACAUCCUGCCAUUUGCACCUGUAUCAAUAUUGCUGUGUAAAAAUUCUGUAUCAGAAUAAUGACAGUACUGUAUAUCAUUUGAUUUAUUUUAAUAUUAUAUCCUUAUUUUUGUCA